AUGGCGGAGGUUCAGGAGAGGGAGGCUCUCCGAGACGGGGAAGGCGAAGAAGAGAAACAAGAAAGCGAUUUCAGAAGGGCAUCAGACGGGUGUAUAGAGAUCCGAAAUGACACACGGGAACGUGAUGCCAAAAGUGGGUACGAUGAGCCCGUGGUGGCGGCGUCUGAACAAUUCCCAUCGGAAAGCCUGUGCAAAAAUAGCAGGACACCCUGCAAAGACGAAUUGGCAUCACACAUCACUGGGGAGGAGUGCAGUGAUGAAUCAACAGAUGAAUCCAAGUCCAAAGAAAACUGUCGGGACAAUGAUGAGAACAAGGAGAAUCGUGACAUCCCCGGCAUGUGUGGACUGACAGUGGCAGACCCCUCACCAGAACGCGUGGCCAGGCUGAAGAAAGCAGCAAACGCUGUGGCGUCUCAGGUAACACAGACUCAGGUAGGGACAGACAAGGAGGCAGCGCAGAAGAACAGGGAGGACGGCUGUGUCGCUGUUGUGUUCCCCGGCACAGUCACGCAGGACAGCUGCUGCAAGUUUGUCUGCGAGAUUCUUAAGUGUGUCCUCUACCAGCGGCAGCAGCUGCCCAUGACUUACGACCAGCUGGUGUUCUUUCAGAAGAGGCAGCAAGCAGCCAGUUCGAGUGAGGAGGGGGUGGGCUGGAAGCCGGCAAAGCCCAAUGGCUGGGACUGGCGCAGGUGCCAGCGCACGCUGCAGGAGCUGGAGGAGGUGCUGCAGCAGCUGGAGACAUUCUUCUCCCUCAGCCUGGUGCCGCGGGUCCUUCUGCUGCUGGGGGGAACCAUCAUGCUGCCCAAAGAGUUGUAUGAGGUCAACAUGGAGAACCUGACCCCUGGGGCUGGAGAGAGCAGCCUGCGCACCUCCGCCUGCCUGCGCCAGAUCUUCCGCACCCUGUUCGUGGCCGACAUCCUGUCGGACGCUCGGCCCGUCCGCCUCAUGGCUACCACCGUCAUGGUGCUGGGUCACCGGAAUUGUGGCGUGGGCUGGUUCCGGCCAAAGCUGGACUACCGGGUGCCGACACGGGUGAAGAGGCAGGUCAUCUCCCUGUCCUGUGACCCCUCGCUCAGCGGUCUGCUUCAGGGACAGCCGGCAGACUGGGAGGACUAUGUGUGGUUCCAAGCCCCAGUGACAAUCAAGGGGUUUUGCAAAUGAUGCACUUGAGAAAGGGAAGCAGUUUUUAAAUUAAAUGGCUUUGAGACUGGAAAGAUUUGGGAGGGAGGUGGAGGGGGUUAAAGGCAUUAGUGACUUCCUCACCCUUUCUUUG